AUCGAUGUACGGCGCUUCGGGUUUGACUGUUAUCGAAUCCUUAUGAACCACUGUUCUUCACUAUUAAUGUCUCUGGCUUACUCGUUUAAGUCGAGUGCGGCCGGUCGUAAGCCAGUCUGUUGCUGACCACCAAGUCUCCUGUUUCCUUGCACAACGCAGGGUUGUGAUGGAGGAAGAGAAAAUGGCUGAACAUCCAGGAAAGCAUGUGCCAGAUUAUGAAUCAAGUGGAGAGUCUAUGCAAAUUAGCAGUCCAAGUGAUUUACCAAUGGCUGCCUUGGCAGCUUGGAAUGAUCUUCCUGAGAAAAUUAAGAAGGAUCCCUACUUGGCACCUUUCCGAAGAGGCUAUGAAAAACACAUUGCAAAAACAUCUCACAGGAGUCUGCCUCUUUUGCCUGAAGCUGUUGCAACAAGAAGUAUCAUUGUACCUGGACCAACAAUGCUCACAGUCCCAUCAACAAGUUCAAAAGUGCAGUGUAAAGAAGAAGACACUGAAGAAAGUGAAGAAAUAAAAUGUGAUGCACCAGCUACACGUUGGAUACGCUGGCUGAAACUCUGUUGCCUUGUUGCCAUCUGGGCAACCUUUACGAUGAUACUCAUGAUAAAAAGUGAGAAAGUAUUAAACACUUACCAAAUAUCGGUACCUCCUAGAGAAGCAAAAAGUUACUUGAUUCUGGAAGAACCAAAGCAAAAUCAUUUGGGUGUGAGUUUGACAGGAGCAUUUUUACCAAAGUAUUACAGAAAUUUGUCUACAAAAGCUCUGACAGCAAGGGUGCAGCUAGUUUCCUACAGACACAAAGAAAAGUUAUUAAGAAAUGUAACAUCAUUCAAGAAAACACAUGUUUCUUCUGUUCAGAAUAUAUCUGCUGAAUGGAAAGUGCCCCUUGUCUCAAGCAAAGAAUUAAUAGAACUUGUUCCAGAAGUUACAGUUGAGAAAGUUUUACAAAUAGAUGUCAGCAAAUACAGUGACAGUCACAGUGUACUUCGUCUACAGUUAAGGACAAAUCUUGAUGCUAGUGUGCCUGUUGCUAUUGGUUACAAUUUAACUCCAAUAGAUACACAUGGUGGAAUCAUUUUGGCAGCUCUGGUACUCCUUGGUCUCUACAUAUUAAUUGUGUUUGAGGUUGUUCAUCGUACAUUAGCUGCCAUACUGGCCUCAACAAUGUCUGUGGCCAUUCUUGCCUACUUUGAUGAGAGACCUUCCAUGGCAGAGCUUGUCUCAUGGCUUAAUGUUGAAACACUGCUGCUGCUAUUUUCAAUGAUGGUUUUGGUUGCUAUUUUUGCUGAAACUGGUGUUUUUGACUAUCUUGCAGUAUUUGCAUUUAAGGUGACAAAUGGUAAAGUAUGGCCACUUGUCAAUGUACUUUCUAUCUUCACAGCUACACUGUCUUCAUUUUUGGAUAAUGUCACAACAAUGAUGCUUAUGACUCCAGUAACAAUCAGGUUGUGUGAAGUGAUGCAGAUAAAUCCUGUGCCAAUAUUAAUGGCACUUAUCAUGUAUUCGAAUGUAGGUGCUGCCUUAACCCCUGUGGGUGAUCCACCAAAUGUAAUAAUAGCAUCGAAUUCAGACAUACAGAAUGCAGGUGUUAAUUUUGGGUCUUUCAUACUGCAUAUGGGAGUUGGAUUAGUAUUUGUCAUGUCAUCACUCUACAUCCUGCUGCGUUUCAUAUUCUUCAGAAAUAUAGAGGAUCUGCGUUACAAUGAACCACAAGAGGUUCAGGAUUUACGGCAUGAGAUUGGUGUCUGGCAAAGAGCAGCUGCAUCAUUAACAUCAUAUUCAAAAGAUGAAGAUAUUGUGAGAAGAGCACUGCUGAAAAAGGUGAAACACCUUACAAGAGACCUUACAGAGCGAAUGAACAAUGAAGGGGAGGACAAGCCUGAUUAUUCCACAGAACUAGAUAGAUUGCAGAACAUGUAUCCUAUCCGUGACAAGGAAUUGCUGUGGAAGUCGGGAAUCACAUUACUACUUGUGAUUUCAAUGUUCUUUUUGCAUUCAGUGCCAGCCUUGAAACUUUCUCUUGGUUGGACUGCCCUACUAGGUGCAAUGCUGCUUUUGCUAUUAGCUGAUAAUGAAGAUAUAGAAGGUGUACUAGCUCGUGUUGAGUGGGGGACACUGAUCUUUUUCGCUGCACUUUUUGUUUUAAUGGAGGCACUUUCAAGACUGGGUUUAAUAGAAUGGGUUGGUCAGCAAACAGAAAAUGUAAUUCUGUCAGUCUCUGAAUCUGCUAGACUGGCAGUGGCAAUUGAGUUAAUAUUGUGGGUAUCGGCAGCAAUGUCAUCACUCGUUGACAACAUUCCUCUCUCAACGAUGAUGGUAAGAGUAAUCACUUCACUUGCGAAGAAAGAAGAAUUGAAUCUCCCAUUAAGACCUUUAGUGUGGGCAAUGGCUUUUGGUGCCUGUCUAGGAGGCAAUGGUACAUUAAUUGGUUCAUCAUCAAAUGUUGUCUGUGCUGGAGUUGCUGAGCAACAUGGCUACAGGUUCACAUUUAUGCAGUUUUUCAAGAUUGGGAUGCCAGUCACAAUUGUCACUGUAAUAAUAUCCAAUGUGUACCUUAUAAUAUGCCAUGUUGCUUUAGAAUGGCAUUAAAUAUUAAAACUUUAAGGAUACCAUUCCUUUGUUGACCAGAGAAAUGCAGGGAAAUUGCAUUUUAAGGUUUCUGAAACUAAGAAGUAUUCUGAGUUGUAAGUGAUGCUCUGUGAUGGGAAGUACUGUUCGAUUGCCACCAGUGUAAAAUUAAUGUAUUCCAUGAAUGAAAAAUUUCAAUGUGAAAUCUUAUUUAUUAUUAAAAUGAUAUUUUGUAUAUGUGGAAAAUGAAUGCUGUAAGCUUUUUAAAGUUUGCUGUAUAUAAAAUACUGAUUUUAACUUUACAUUUAACUCUUCUAGAAUUGUUCCUGAUUCUGGUUGAUGAUUUUUACCAAGCACAAUAUUAAAAAAAAUUAACAGUAGUUCCUAUAAUUUACUGUAAAACUAGAAAUUACUUCAAAAGACAAUUCCCUUCUCAGCUUUAGAGACAACUUCAUAAACAACCUUUUUUGAAUUUGUUUUAUCCUAAUAAAUUAAACAGAAUUAAUAUUGAAAAUGCUGUGCAAGCUCCAAAUAUAAAACAAUCUUUAAACAGGAAGUCUAAUUUGUAAUGGCAAUGUCUUGUGAACAUGUAUUUUAUUCACAAGCUCAUUCCAAAUAGGUGAAUCAUUUGCAUUCAUGUUUCCCAAUAAAUGAAUGAAAAUGUGCUGUAAUGAAUUAAAUAAAUUGUGCAAAAUA